AUGAAUAAUUUUAAUGAUAACUUGGUUACUGAUGACAAUGACAACAACAAUGACAUCGAAGAUACUAAAUUUGAAAAAAUAUUAUCUAAUUUAGAAAUGAUCCUUUACGUUUGUCUAUAUCUAAAAUUGAUGAUCGACAACUCCUUUGUACUAUUCCUCAUCACUAUUAUAAAUUUAAUGUUGAUCAAGAUAAUUAAAGGUUCUUGUAAAAUUUAUGAUAGCUCAAUAACAAGAUUUCAAUUGAAAUUUUUAAAAUAUUUCCAGAUAUUGCUAUUACUUCAAAUUUUAAUUACUAUUAUAUUCUACUAUUUCAACAUUACCGACAAGUUCUUUCUCAGAAUUAUCGAUGAAGAGACCCAUUCCGUUUCACACAAUAGAUCAUUACUGAUCCUACUGAACAUUUUGAGUCUGUUCUGGCAGUUGGUCAUAUUGUCUUUGUCAUUGAACAACAAGUUUAAACAAUUCUUAAACUAUAAUAAAUAUGGUAUACUUUGCUCAAUCACAACGAUCAACGAUCAUUUGCAACGUGAACAGCGAUUGUUAUUAGAAUCGAGAACUUUAACUGAUCAUAACCCUAACCAUUUAUAUGGUUCUGUCGAAUAA